GAUCACGCAUUUCGUCGAUCUUCAUAGUCACCGGUCGUCCUAUCGCUUCGACGGUGGAACCGAGGUCGGCGGCUUCCACGCGGAUGCAGUUGGAGAUGGAUAAGAACCGAGUCUCCGAUGUCGAAUGUGUCCAGUCGCCAGCCAGCAUGUGACACGUGUGAACCUGAAGGCUCCUGUAUAGGAAAUCCUCAUGUUUACUGGGUAUAUUUAGCUAUGAACGCUUAUAUCUGUAUUUUCCACCUCCUUUCUAUACUCGGAAGGACCGUGCGGCCCACGGUAUCGAGCUCGUAAUCAGUCUAUAUAAGAUUCUCUUUCACGGGUCUUGGAACACACACCUGAACACCUUUUCAAUCAUCAUCCUCAGUCUGCAGGGCUCUUUUUUUUUCAGUUUGUGAAAUGGGAAGGGGAAAGUUGAAUCAUGAACUGAUCCGCAAUGGAUCCAUUCGUCGUGUUACAUUCAAGAAAAGGAAAGUUGGGUUGUUCAAGAAGCUCUCUGAGUUGACCAUUCUCUGUGGCAUCCCUGCCUGUGCUAUCAUCUACAGCGACUACAACGACGAUGAGGCAGAGGUAUGGCCAAACCGGCGUGAGGCUAAUGCUAUUCUGGACAGGCUCCACAGGCUCCCAACAGCGAAACAGACCAAGAACAUGCUGGACCAGGGGGGAUUCCUUCAGAAGAUGAUUGGUAAAAUGGAGAGAGAGCUGGAGAGAGAGCAGAAGAAGAACCGUUGCUACGAGCUGGGGUUGGUUGUCUUCCACAAUGACCUGAUAGAUGCUGAUUAUUCGGAGGAGCUUGCCGUGGCAGCCCGUGUGCUGGAGCAGAGGAUCAAGGCCGUCACUGAGAGGGUGGAAGCGGCCAUGGCCGUAAACAGUCUUUGCCUGAUGUCCGCCUAGCCCCUUCAUAUACAGCGGUUUCUAUCUGCUUGUUUUUUAUUUUCCUCUUUUUUUCUUUUAAAGGAGGGAAUUCAAUGGGUUGCUUGUGGUUUCUGUGAUCCUUGUUGCCAUUUUCCCUUGGAUUGAACAUGUAGCAUGCCAUGUCUCUCUAUAUUUUUAUCUGUGUGAUAGACAAAUAACUAAAAGAAGGAGCUUUGUUUUUCCCCUCA